GGGAACUGACUCGAGCUCUCCAGCAAGCGCUGGGCAAGCAACCUAUCACCUACAUCACUAGACAAAAGUAAUCCAGUUAUUGCUGCCGACGGAAGACUCUCGAAUUUUUGCGUGAGUUUUGCGCUGCUGUCGGUGACACUUGCGAAGUUGUCAGGGGAAGGCGAGACCCUGAUCUCCGUCCUGCCGCAAUCCGGCGGGUGUUAAGAUCCAUGGAAGUGGCCGGUUUUUACGAGGGGGACUACCUCGCUUUCCACAGCACUAACGCCAGCAGCAGUCCGGUCAGCGACGGCAUUUGCAAGCAGCCUACGAACGGCUCCAUGACGAAGCUUCAUGACAUUUCUGAGCACGAGAAAGCCAUAGACUUCAGCAUCUAUUUGGACUCACCCCAGUACCAGCACCUGGCCAGCCAAGACGAAGCCCGGCACCGCGCACUGGGAAUCUACAGCGACUUUCUCUCUGAGGAAAACAAGAGCAAGAGAGCGGCGUUACAGAGUUACAAGAACUACAUCUCGCUGACAGAGCGGGACUCGAACCAGCUGACGUAUCCGGAGCUCCAGGAGACGCGCAUAGACGCCGUGUUCAGCCCAGACUUUCUAGGCAGCUUUGCCAAAACUAACUGGCGACACGAAGAACCGCCAAUGGAUGGUCCUGGGGGCUUUGACAUGCGCUCGUAUCUGCAGUACCAGAACGCUCCUAGCGGCAGCCUGGGUAACAUUUCCACCGCGUCCUCCUCCUGCUCGAGUCCGCCAGGUACACCUGCGCCGCCAGGUAAGGGAAGAUCACCUCAGUCUGGCGGCAAGAUGGCCUCUGGCGGCAAAGGGAAGAAGAGGCUGGAGAAAGACAGCGAAGAGUACAGACAGCGGCGCGAGAGGAACAAUCUCGCCGUUCGCAAGAGCAGAGACAAAGCCAAAAUGCGCAACAUGGAGACGCAGCACAAAGUGCUGGAGCUCGCGGCCGAGAACGACCGGUUACAGAAGCGCGUGGAGCAGCUGUCGCGCGAGCUGGCGACGCUGCGCAACCUGCUCUCCGCCACCGGCCAGUGCUGACGGGACUCUCGCUGUGCUUAGUGACUGUCAUUGACUUUCAAGAGUGCAAAAUUUGCAACAAAAGUUUUCUGUGAUUCGUUUAAUAACGGGCGAGCAAUCGCUCGUUCGACGCGUUUACAACCGAGAAAGAAAAACAGUAGUGGACUGUGCGCCUGGAUUGCGCAAUAUCCCACCGUGUGCUCGGCAUAACUCUGGUAAUCUUGAAACCCUGUCAUGUAUUUCGUCUGUAAAGUAUUUUUGUACGGGUUUUAAAGUGAGAUAUCUGCUGUUUAAUAUUCUGUUAUUUAAAUUCUUUUCGCCAUAUCUGGGGCAGCGGUUGUCAUGGGAAGAGUUGUACUGUACUGCAGAGGUAUGAUGCAACUCAUUGUAACAGUAUUGGAAACGCAGUGAAGUAGUCUUAUGAAAAUGAUAAAGAUACAACUGGUCUACUGCUAUAUACUAUUUUAUUGAAUUAAAAAAUGUUUUUACUGUACUGGAA